AUGGACCAUUCCCAACACCCAUCAUCAACGAUCAGACUCAUUCCCGACCCUGCAGGGUCGCAGUGGCUUGGACUCAGUACCACACGAUGUGCCGUCAACUCGCGGGUUUCAGACGAAGAUCUCAAAUACACAUCCGUCGCGAAUUCCACAAAGACUAAAAGGGACUUUCUGGGAUUACUGAAGCAACGGAGUAUUCUGGAGCAUCUCGGUAUAGUGAGAGCCCAGCAUAGAGAGAACAAGAAAUCUUCAAUUGAACUUAGCCGUGCCAUCAGGCAAGGCAAAAUUACUCAAUGCAAAUAA